AUGGCGCUCUUGGCUCUCUUCGCCGCGUUCUUGUUAACAGCAGCGCAUCAGGCCGUCGGUGAAGCGCCCGCAGAUUUCCUGAGCAUCGACUGCGGCCUGGAGGCCAACUACAGCGGCUACAGGGACGCCAACACCGGCAUCGUCUACGUCUCCGACGGGCCGUACGUCGACUCCGGCGAGAACCACCGGAUCUCCGACGAGAAGGCGAAGACGAGGAGCACCAACCUGCAGACGGUCAGGAGCUUCCCCUCCGGCGUACGCAACUGCUACACCCUCCCCACCCGCACGGGGACCAAGUACCUCGUUCGGCUGUCGUUCGUCUACGGCAACUACGACGGCAAGGGCGACGGCUCGUCGUCGACGUUGAGGUUUGAUCUGCACCUCGGCCCGCAGUUUUGGACCACCGUGGACAGGCCCAGCGACCACGUCGACGAGGCGGUGUUCGUGGCGUGGGCGAGCUGGGCGCCGGUGUGCCUGAUUAACACCGGCAGCGGCACGCCGUUCAUGUCCACGGUGGAGCUCAGGCCACUCGGCGAUGCACUUUACCCUACGGUCAUGGCGAACCAGUCCAUGUCGAGGUAUGUACGGUGCAGCCUCGGCGAGACCAAAAAGUUCAUUACAAGGUAUCCUGAUGAUCCAUACGAUCGUUACUGGUGGCAGAUGUGGUACUCCGACCCGACGUGGAAGAACAUCUCCACGGUCUCCACCGUUAAGCCAGACUCCAUCUUCGCCGUGCCCUCAGCCGUCAUGCAGACGGCCGUCGAGGCAAUCAGCAAUGACACGACCAUCAACAUUACCUGGGUAGACAAGACGCCCGGAGGCCGUAACAUUAAGCUGCUGCUGCACUUCGCCGACUUCCAGAACAGCCGGCUCCGGCAGUUCAACGCCUCCCUGAACGACGGCCAGCCGUUCCAGUACAGCCCACCGUACCUGGCUGCCGACGCACUGUCCAACACUGGAUGGUGGACAGCGAGCGAUGGCCACUACAGCAUCAGGCUUGUGCCUACCGCUGCGUCCAAGCUGCCGCCGAUGAUCAACGCCUUGGAGAUGUAUACUCUCAUCUCGCAUGACAGUCCAGCAACGCUCCCGGCAGAUUUUGAAAGCAUCAUGGCAAUUAAACUUGAGUAUGGGAUUAAGAAGAAUUGGAUGGGUGAUCCGUGCUUCCCAGUAAAAUUUGCUUGGGAAGGUGUGAAAUGCAGAACUGCAAGUAAUAACAUCUCAAGGAUCAUAUCAUUGGAUCUCUCCAACAGCAACUUGAGUGGGGUGAUAUCUAAUAACUUUACGUUGCUCACGGCACUAGAGUAUUUGAAUUUGUCAUGCAACCAGCUGAAGGGACCUAUCCCUGACUCCCUCCAAAAAAAUAAUACAGGAUCGUUCAAUUUCAGCUUUGAUUCUGAUGGAUAUAUGUGCAACAAAACAAUAAUAGUUCCGUCUCCACCUGUAAACCAAAGAAAUAAAAGAGCUAUCAUAGCUAUUUCUGUAGUGGUUCCUGUCACGGUGAUUGCAGCUCUUGUUGUUGCAUUUUUUAUCUGGAGACAGAAAACAAGGACCAGCUUUUGUGCAACGGAUCCUCCUAGAGAUCACCCAGAACUCGAGAAUAUCCCAGCUGAAAGAAGUAAAUCUCGUGGGGAUGUCCUGCAAAAAGUUGAAAAUCGUCAAUUCAGUUUCAAUGAGCUAGAGAAGUUUACUAAUAAGUUUGAACGGCUCAUUGGACAAGGUGGUUUUGGACCUGUAUACUACGGUCGUUUAGAAGACAAUAUUGAGGUUGCUGUUAAGAUGCAUUCUGAAUCCUCAUCUCACGGGAUUGAUGAAUUUUUUACGGAGGUACAAAACUUGACAAAGGUGCACCACAAGAACUUAGUUUCUCUGGUUGGUUACUGUUUGGAGAAGGAUCAUUUAGCACUUGUUUAUGAGUACAUGGUUCAAGGCAGUCUCUUUGACCAUUUGAGAGGCAAUAAUUGUGCUAGUGAAACCUUGAAUUGGAGAACACGUGUCCGAGUUGUGGUUGAAGCUGCACAAGGUUUGGAUUAUCUACACGAAGGUUGCAGUUUGCCAAUAAUUCAUCGAGAUGUGAAGUCCAGUAAUAUUUUCUUAAGUCAAAAUCUACAAGCUAAACUAGCAGAUUUUGGACUUUCCAAGACCUAUCUCACCGAAACGCAAACUCACAUAUCGAUCACUGCAGCUGAAACAGCGGGUUAUAUUGACCCCGAGUACUACCGCACCGGCAGACUGACAGAAAGUAGUGAUGUCUACAGCUUUGGAAUUGUGUUGCUAGAGAUAGCUACCGGUGAGUCUCCCAUACUUCCCGGACAAGGCCAUAUUGUUCAGCGUGUAAAAGAGAGGAUUGCGAUUGAUCCUAGUGACAUCCGCCAUCACCGCUUGGUUUCUGACAAAAGGCUCAAAGGUGCCUAUGAUAUCAUCUCCAUGUUGAAGGUGGUGAACACUGCACUGCUGUGCACAGCUGAUGUCGCUGCUGAAAGGCCAACAAUGGCUAGUGUGGUUCUGAAGUUGAAGGAGAGCCUAGCAUUGGAGGAAGCUCGUGAGAAUAGUGGCUUAAGAAAAAGCAUUGGCACAGGGUGGUGA